AUGGCUAAUGCGAGGGGCAGCUGUCACAUGGCCCGCGCCUUCGAGUCUGUGAUUCCCUCGAACUGGCGGAAAGAUGUGGCGUCGGGGCUGCCCCCUAACAGCUCUGUGGGCAACGCGUCUGAGAGCUUUCGCUCGACCUGGGGUCCCCACUGUCCGGACUGCCUGGAGGGGGCUACGGAAGUCGGCGCAGCACUGACUCUGCGGGCGCUGAUCGCGGGCGCCUACCUGGCCCUGUGCGCUGUAGGGCUGGUGGGCAACUUGCUGGUGCUAGUUCUGGUCCGUUCCCAGCAGCGGCGGCGCCCCUCGCUGCUCAAUUGCUUCCUCCUCAACCUGGCGGCCACCGACCUGCAGUUUGUGCUGACACUGCCCUUCUGGGCUGCGGACACGGUGCGUGACUUCAGCUGGCCCUUCGGGGGCGUCAUGUGCAAGCUGGUGCUGACGCUCACGGUGCUCAACAUGUACGCCAGCAGCUUCUUUCUCUGCGCCAUGAGCGUGGCGCGCUACCGCGCCGUGGUGGGCGCGCUGCGCCCGAGCCGUCGAGGGGCCCAGCGGGCCGCUGGCGUGUGCUACCUGCUCUGGGCGGCGGCCAGCCUGGCCACGGCGCCCACCGCCCUGUUCGCCACGGCGGCCCGCGUGGGGGGUGAGCCCCUGUGCCUGCUCCGCUUCCCCGACCGCGGCCCCGACUGGCUGGCGCUCUACCACCUGCAAAAGAUCGCCUUGGCCUUCGUGUUGCCGCUGGCUACCCUGGGCACCUGCUCAUUGCUGCUACUACGCUUCCUGCGACGGCGGCAGGCACGCUGGUCGGCGAGGGUGCGUACCCGACGGCACUCCCGGGUCACUCGUGCGUUGGCCUGUGUGCUGCUGGCCUUCCUGCUCUGCUGGCUGCCUAACCAAGCACUCACGCUCUGGGGGGUGCUGAUCAAGCUGGACGCCGUCUGCUGGGGCCGCGCCUAUUUUCUGACACAGACUUACCUCUUCCCUGUCUCUAUCUGCCUGGCGCACGCCAACAGCUGCCUCAAUCCACUACUCUACUGCCUGCUACGCCGUGACUACCGCCGGGACCUUAGAGAGAUGUGCGGUCGUACCAAGGGCUCCGCGGAUCUUCGAUCAGGCCCAGAUGGCCAAGUCCCAGGAUCCGGGCUCUCCAGCCAGAUCUGA